AUGGCUACUAGUGGUGCUAACGAUUACAAGAUGGGACAUGCGAAUGGAGGUUUAGCAUUCGACAAGAGAAUGGAAGAAUUAAGUAGUCCAAGUGUGACAGGUGGUAUGUCUGCUGAGACCACACCAUUCACAUCACCACCUAUCAUGAAUCCUGGGAUGGAGUAUCAAGCUUUGGAUUAUCAGGGAUUCCAUGAUUUAAAUAGUCAUGGUCACGGAAUGGAUUUCAAGAGAGAAUAUGGUGUCGAGAAUAGAGAGAGUUCAUUUGGGGUUUCGAGUCCUGGGGGUAUGAGCGAAAUGAGUAAUGGAGUUGUGAGUGUAAAUGGAAAUGGAAUUGGUGGAAGAAGACCCCCGAUAAGACAAGGAAGUGGAAGCAGUUAUGGUAUGCCACUUCCAAGAAGUAUACCGGAAUUUAACCAUGGUCACUUUUCGAGAGCUAGUACUGGUGGAGAUGAUAUGGGAGUGGGAGUAAAUGGUGUUGAUUUAGGUCACCAUGGUUUUAGGUGA